AUGUCUGAACAAGCAAGUACUGAAGAUCCGGCACUUUUGGUAUCACACAUUUCUGAAAGCCUUCCACAUACCCCAACCAAGUUGAAACGACAACGACCCAGAAAAACCGGGAAGAAGUUCAAGAUUCCGGUUCCGGCAGCCGGCAAACUCCACACUUUCUAUGACCAUGGGACAACUCGCAAUCCUCAAGGCUAUCCUCUGUACCCCAAUGGCGAUACGGUGUUUGUUCAACAACCUCAUGAAGACAUCACCAACUUUGGCCGUAUCGCCUACACUCACACUCAAAAGGUCAAAGGCGCAAAAGACGGGCCUUGGAAGACGAUUUGGUAUGCAUGUCUCAGUGUGCUCCACUGUGAUGAUGCCUUCUGCGCCUACGCGGCUCCUCCACCAACUGGCGACGGAAAAGCGGCAGAGUUCAUCAAAGAGAACCCAGUAUGCCCAGCUGUCGAGUGUAGUGGGACUCAUCUUUGGACCCAAUGCCCACAUAUGGUAUGUCAAAUUGAUAUCCAAAAGCAAACUGGAUGGGGGGUCCUUCGGCACUUGGGUAUCCAUGCUCACCCGUGGCCAGCGUCAAAGAAAGCCAAUCCUUUGGCCAUGCUUGAUCUCACCAGAGGUGGUGAAAAACCCAAAGGCAGGCCCUUUGGUCUUGAAGAUGGCGCAGGCCAAACCAUUACGCCGCCGGUCAUUGACAUUCACCCAGCCUUUGGUAACACUGGCCGUUUAGCAUACCUAAGACGAAAGGUUUUGGUGGAGAAGGGCCUUAUCCCUGAAAAGGAAAGUAAGGGAGGAGGCAACCGGCUGAUCAUAGAUCUGAUGCAUUGGGGAAAUCACGGUCUGCGUUUGAUAUCCACGUUGCUGCUCGGUGCAAAUGUCCACAUUACCUUCCAAAGCGAGUGGAUGGUACUCCACCACUGGAUCCCUGUUCAAUUGACAUGGAUGUGGGGACUUGAGGAAAGUCACUACCGCGCGCAUUUCACAACUCUUCUCAAACAAAUUCAAUUGGCGGACCUGACCUACCACGAGCGCGGCCUACUUGCUCAACAAGUAGUGGAUUUCUCAACAGCCCAAAAGAAGGGUUUUGUAUUGGCGUAUAUGGAUGUCUUCAACGAACUCGAUCCUGCCAAGGCUUUGGGGAAACUCCGGGGCUGCCACAAACACUUUUGUCAGUCAAUCACGCGUAUCAAGAAAAACAGGAACAUAGUUGAUGCAAGUCAAUUGUUUGAACGUCUUGCUUUGGACCUCCUCGAACCCAAUAAACCCAAUGGCCUCUCUGCGCACGGGAGCGUCUACCCAUGGACAAUCCGCCCCUUGAAGAUGAAGACCCCGAGCACGACUUUCCUGAAACCACAAAUGGUCAGGAGUCAAUGCAUCGCCAAUACUACAUAUUAUUGUAUCUCAGUCAAGUAUGGAAGUAGUUGGGAGUCCGUAGUCGAGACUAUGGGGCGGUCAGAGGAACGUACUCGACGUUGCCCGGAUGAGAACGAUGGCUGUCCUCCGGACACCACCAACGCUUUGCUUCUCCCUAAGAAGCUUGGCCGCCCCGUGGGCUCAGCCAAUGUCAAUCGCGACCCUCAUUCCUCUUACCAGUCCUACUCAGCCAGCUCAGACCCGGGUAAACUCAAUUGUUGCUGGGAAACUUCGGUGAUGGAGUCUUUGUAUCCCACUUUUUCCCCCCCUGUGGAUUGCGGGCUCCAAGGGUAA